CGCCUUACCUGUCAUCAAACUCGAUCGCGACAGCGUUUUCCAUCCGAUUCUACCAAAGAAACCCGAUUAACAACAGGCAAUUCCUCCAUCAUGUCCGACUCGGAGGAUAUUGUCGACCUCCCCGAGGAGGGUGGUGACGAUCUCUUUGGAGACGAGGGGGACGAGGUGAUGUCGGAUCAGGGCAAUGUGCUUAGCGAUCGCGACCUGGAAUCGGACAGAGAGGAUGACCGCGACCGCAUCGAAGAUGAGGACGAUUACCCGCGUGAGGAUAGAGACUCUCACCACCUGGCCGAAUCGAUCCCCCUCUACCGGCAUCGAAUCCCAAAAUCAAAAGACAACACGCUUCACAACCUCAAAGUACCAAACUUCCUCAAGUUCAACCCAAUGGAAUACAAACCCGACGAGUGGCAGCCCUCCAAGUGGGAGCUCAACAAUGCCAAUUCCGAAAACCCCAUCCCAUCAAUCAUGUGGCGCCGCGAUCCCAAGACGGGGAAGCUUAAGAGCAAUGCCAACAUUCACAGAUGGAGCGAUGGUUCCACGACCCUCCAGAUCGGGGACGAUCACUACGAGAUCACAUCCAACUCACUCGUCGGACCGCCUAAUGAGCCGUAUCAAGACGUUAAGGAUGCACAUGAAUACGCGGCAGCUGCCCAUCUAACGACCAAUUCCUUGUUAAUCGUCGGUCACUACACCGAGCAAUACUCCAUCAAGCCUCCCGAGGAACUCCAGGAUGCCGCCUUCGACCGCCUGGUGGCAGGUCUUAAUAUGAACAAGAAGGAGAGCACCACCAGUAGGCUCAUCGCCACCAACGAGGACCCCGAGCGCAAGAAGAGAGAGGCCGAGCUCGCCGAGAAGGAACGGGCAAAGAACCAGCGCCGUCGGGAGACAGCGGCUGCGCGCUCUGAGGGAGCAGGGAGUCGGUACAAGGGUGGGGCUCUUUCCAUUGGUGACUUGGAGGGUAGGCGUGGAGUGGGAGGAUCCAGGAAACGUGGUGCGCCGGGCGGAGCCAAGAAGAAGCAUCGCCGUCCUGAAUAUGAUUCUGACGAUGAUCUUCCCAGCGGGGCGCGCCGCACGGACAACUACGACAUGGACGACGGGUUUUUGGUCGGUAGUGACGAAGAUGAUGAUGUCGUCGAGGAUGACGAGGAGGAGGAUAUUCUGGAUGAUGAGGAUGAGGAUGAGAGGCCGAGGGCGAAGAGGCAGAGGACGGCUGACCCGGAGGAGGAUGCUGAUGGGGAUGGUGAUGACGACGCCCCGGCUGCUUCUCAUCGCCGCAGAAGGCGGGUUGUUAAUGAUGAUGAUGACGAAUAGGAGCAGCAGUCUGAGAGGCCCGUCGAGGAGAAGAAGGAGCGCCGUGACACCCCCGAGGAGGAAGACGUACCAGAGGACUAGAAGCCCGAAAGGCCCAAAAGGUCCAAAAAGCCUGCUGACACGAAAAAGGGGGCCUUUGACAAAAUCAGAAAGAAGCAGCAGGAAAAGGAGGCUAAACAGAAGCGAGAGGAAGAAUCAGAGGAGGAGCCGGAAGAUUUACCAGAGGACUAGAAGCCCGAAAGGCCCAAGAGGCCCAAAAAGCCUGCUGACACGAAAAAGGGGGCUUUUGACAAAAUCAGAAAGAAGCAGCAGGAGAAGGAGGCUAAAACAGAAGUGGGAGGAGGAAUCAGAGUAUGAACAAGAGCUUGAGGGGCCCCUCCUUUGUCAAUAAGGGCGGCGUCGAGCGAAAAAUAAAACAAAAAUAUGGCAGCACAGUGAUAGGAGGAGUCAAGAUUCCGGCUGUCAGGGCUCCUUGGAAACCGGGACAGGGGAAUCACUAGGACUUUUUCAGAGACGGGAGCAUUGGUUCAUAGGUAUAUGUUUUGGGGUAGGUGUG